UUGACGCGCAACGAGGGGUUCUUUGAAUCGUUGGGCUGCGAAGUUGUGGACGCUGUUCCGGAUUUUACGGACGCGGAUGAAGUCUUCAAGGUAUGGCGCGCCUGGCGUUUUGAACUCGCUUAUGCCAAGCUGCUGGAAACCCAUCCGGACCAGAUAAAGGAUACUGUGGUCUGGAACAUCAAGGCGGGUAUGAAGUUAAGUGGCCCACAGAUUGGGGAUGCAGAGAUUAAACGGACAGCACUUUAUCAGCGCGUGCGGGAGUUCAUGGAGACUUACGAGUUCCUGAUUCUUCCCGUGAAUCAAGCACUCCCCUUUGACGUGAAGCAGCACUAUAUUACUGAAAUUGACGGGGUGAAAAUGGAGACGUAUAUUGAUUGGAUGCGGUCCUGCUAUUACAUCAGUGUUCUCGGUCUGCCUGCGAUUUCGGUGCCCUGUGGUUUCACCCCCGACGGUUUACCGGUGGGCGUCCAAAUUGUCGGGCGACACCAAGAUGACUUUGGGGUACUUCAACUGGCUCACGCCUUUGAACAGGCUACAGGUUUUUGGAAACAGAAACCGACUGUGAUUGAAUAG